AUGUCUGGCCAGGGGAACACUCCUGGGGAUGGAUCUGUUCAUUCCUUGGGAGAGCCGCAUGAUGAGGAUGCAGUACUUUUCGUUGCAGGGACAUCCUUCUUAAGACCUCGACCCAAAAAGCGUCCCAGGACACAGGCCUCCUUCUCACCAACUGCACAACAGACGGAGAUCCCGCCCCUUGUCUCUACCCAAGAGAGCUUGGCUAUAGACGCGAUCACCACCAUAACGGCACCGCCUGCUCUUGACAUUGACGACGCAAAGGCAGCAGACAUCGAUGUGGGCAGUUCAGGUGAGACGGAGCUUGCUGUGGCUGCUCCCAGAACCCCGCCUUGUGCGGAGGUCCCCUACAUACUCAGGGUGGCGCUAUUAGAAACAUAUGAGGAACGUCUUCGAGAGGGCGAAGUCAUGAUCGAGGCUGGCACACCGCCAGAAGCCUUCGCAUGGACACCGGUGCUCCAGAUUGUGAGGGAGCGUGUACAGGAGUACGUGCGUGAUCGGGGGCAUUCGGCGGCAUACACGAAGCUGUGCACCGCGAUUGGGAGAUUCGGGGUUUUAGGAUCGGAUGCUGGUCUCAACGACUGCCUGUUCCCUUCCAUUGAGACCCCUUGGUAUUGCGAUUCCAGUCUGCAUGCAUUCUCCCGCCUAAGGUACCUGCGGGCCUUCUGCGAUGUGCUCUUGCACAACUUGCACACCGGGCUACGGUCGGAUCCUCGAUGGGUCAGCAAGGCGUUGCGCAGAGCUCGACGCCUCACCACGCUGGACGAGGCCGAUCAAGCCAUACGGCAGGGCGGCCACAUUUUGUCCCCAGCUGAGGAAUUGGAAACCAUGCGCAAACACUUCUACCACGUCUUCAAUUCAGUCACGAAGGAGGAGAUUCAGCUUUUCUUGGACAAACUGCCGGCGCGGAAGGCUGGAGCCCCUGACACGGCCCCUGGGGCCGCGUGGCGGCUUUGCUCUGAUCUCAUCGCACCUGUGUUGGAGCCUCUUCUCAACGAGAAGUGGGCACACGGGCAAGGGGAUGAGUUUCUCCCGUUGGUGAAACAAGCCCCGUAUCUCGGAGCGGUCCAGACCCUGGUCAUGCGUCAUUUGCGUGGCAUCGCGCGGUCUUUGAGUCUGCUUUUGGCAGACAAGAACCAGACGAUUGUCAUGUGCUGUUAUACGAACACCCGUGGAAUCAGAACUGUCGACCGCAGCAACGGUUGCGCCCACAUCGGGGUCAAGCUGCCGGUGCAGCCGUUUGAUCGGGCAAAGCACUCAGUGGAUGGACUGCCCACUUGUGCCUUUUGCAAGCACAAAUUUACGAGGACCAUCACCAUACCAGUCCCUACAACUGUCCCUGAGAGCUCAGCGCUGACACCAACAGCCAUUGACGUUCUUGCAGAUGCCUUGACCGGCACAUUCCCCUUGCCUGCACAGGUCCUUCAAGUGUUGCAGCAGGACGUGAUGUCCCAACUCCGAGAGUCUUUCGGGAGUGUAGUGGGAGCCAAGAGGGCGGCAGCACCGGCCGGUUCCCUGCCUUCAACUGCGAAGAUAGACGACCGACUGCAGAAAGCCGGCCGACAGAGAGUGGACCAACAUGGCAAGGGCAAGGGCUACUUGGGCAGGGGUCGUCGUGCACAGCCGCAAAGUCGCCCGAUCAGCUCGGGGGGAGCGGGCAGCGAUCCCUUCGCCAAUGGUUCGGCCGAUCAGGAGGAAGAGAGGGAACUUCUCUUUCUGGUAGCCAAGGCGGCGGUGCGUCACGAGGACACCUUGAACAUCCUUCGCCGUUCCACAGGAUGGGUCUUCUGGAUCAAGGCCGGGGACAACUCCAUUCUGCCAAUGCUGACGGAACUGGCCGAUCAAUGGCACAAGGUGGCUCUCACCCCGGCCUCUCGAGUCAGCUUAAGGGUCACGCUGCUGUGGGGCAUCUUAACCCACCUCAAGGAGAAGCUCCAGAACCUCACGGAGGCGGAGAAGGCGUUUGCAGUGCAGAGCGGUUGGCUGACCGACACGCAUUGCUGGAACUAUCAGCGCUGGAAUCCCACGCAUCAGGCGUUGGUGGUGGACCAAGGUCGUACCCCGCUGGGGAUGGGAUCAGCGCUCGAGUCGCUGACCACGCUGCUGGAGAAGGUCAAUGGGGACACGAUCACCAGGUUUGCGGCGACCCAGGACAUUCGCCAGGAGACGCGAGGGACGGUGACUUUCCAAGCCGAUAUCAGUUUCCGGGCUCCGGGUUCAGACGAGCUCUACGCGGAACUGGUCCGGCUCCGCGGCUCAGCGCUCUUCCAGACGAUCGGCACUCAGUUCCGACCGGAGGGCUACAAUCGGCCACCGCUGAUUCGGCGCAUCCAGGUUGGCACGGGGAGUGCAUCCGAUCAUUGGAUGCAGGGCUUCAGCUCCGCAGUACAAAGGGCGUCACUGCUGAUGCCGGAUUCGCAAGCUUGCAACGUGUUCGUGCCUACGCCAUGUACCGCAUUCCACCAUCCACCUGUCACCACCACCACAGUGCAGGCGGGGACAGAUUCUCAGUCGCAGAUUUUGGAUGUAGAACGGGAUGGUGGGAUGGUCGGGGAUGAGGAUGUGGACAUGGAGGCCGGAGACAGCAGGAGCGAUGGUGUUGGAGGUGACGAUCCUCCUCAAGCACCUCAUGCACCUUAUGCCAUACGUGCUGUAUCGCCGGUAGAUACACUCCUGGACUCAGGGACAGAAGGUGACUUGGCGGAAGGCUCGGACGGCUCCGGCUCCGAUCUGGCAUCUGAUUCGGUAUCCGCUCAUGCAUCGGAUCAGGCGUCGGAUUGCACAUGUUACUCUGUGCUCCCCGUGUGCGACGGGGCAUCUCCUGCUUGGGAAAAUCUCUGGAAUAUGACAGCAGAGGAGGCGCUUCUUCCGCUUCCUCUUCGAUUACCCUCGCCGCUGCGGUUGCCGCCACCACUUGCCGAGGCACCAGCACUUGAACAUUUAGCCUUCAAUAACUGUGUUCGCGGAUGCAGCUAUCUUUCGGACUUUAUGGCGGCCCUACCCUUGUUACCCAACCAGCAGGCGGCUCGCAGACGCAAGUUUAAGACUUCAGAUGGGCAUGACGGAUACUUGCGAAGGUCUAUUUCAGUUGGCGCUUUCUCUAUUGGUGGAGGUGGGCUUUAUGGGAUCCAGACCAAUACCACGACGUACCCAUGGUUUGCAAUCUGGUGUACUUCACUGGUCCGCGGUGCUACGGAAGCCUACGCUUUCAGUUCCUGUACUUUGGCGUUCAAUGUGCAAUCAUUUCUGCACAGAGAUGGCGCCAAUGCCACUGGGACACAGAACAUUAUCAUUCCAUGCAGCAGGUGGCGCGGAGGCCAACUGUGGGAAGCGCAUCCGACUGGGUCGAUGUUCGUGGACGACUGUACUGGUCCAGGACGCCUGAUGGCCAUUGCCAAACCGUUUCAUGUGCUCUGCCCGCGCUGUCCACAUGCCACGUACCCGUGGUCGGAUGGCAACCGAGUCAUCCUGAUCGCCUUCCAUGCCAAAUCCACCGACAAACUGUCACAGGCCCAACGAAUUUUUCUGCGGGACUUGGGCUUUCAGCUACAAGGGUCAGCGCGACCCGAAGUGGCAAGAGCCAAAGCAGAUGAACAGGUGGACGAAGCCGAGGAGUGA